CAGAAACUAGAAUUGUGGGAUAAGGGCGGAAUACAUUGGACAAGUUUCCGGAUUCCCUGGGUUGGCCUGUGGCGGCGGGGUGAACGAAAGUGAGGAUAGAACUUCAGCUUUUGUGUUACAUCGCUUAUUACGCAGAGGACUCAGCGGUGGCCAUGUCUCAGUCCGGAGAGAAGGGAAAGUUCACAGAGGCGGCGGGAUAUGUGGGCUUUGCUAACCUCCCCAAUCAAGUGCACAGGAAAUCAGUAAAGAAAGGUUUCGAGUUCACUCUUAUGGUCGUAGGGGAAUCUGGUUUGGGUAAAUCCACUCUGAUCAACAGCCUGUUUCUGACUGACCUUUACCCUGAGCGCUUCAUACCUGGAGCUGCAGAGAAGAUUGAGCGCACGGUGCAGAUCGAGGCGUCGACUGUGGAGAUUGAGGAGCGAGGUGUGAAACUGCGCCUCACUGUAGUGGACACUCCUGGAUACGGAGACGCCAUCAACAGCCAGGACUGUUUUAAGACCAUCAUCCAGUACAUUGAUAACCAGUUUGAGCGGUACCUGCAUGAUGAGAGUGGGCUGAACCGCAGACACAUCGUGGACAACAGAGUGCACUGCUGCUUCUACUUCAUCUCUCCGUUUGGACAUGGAUUGAAGCCACUUGAUGUUGAGUUCAUGAAGGCCAUACACAGCAAGGUCAACAUUGUGCCGGUCAUCGCUAAAGCUGACACACUUACCUUAAGAGAGAGGGAUCGUCUCAAGAGAAGGAUCCUGGAUGAGAUCUCUGAGCACGGCAUCCGCAUCUACCAGCUGCCUGACGCCGACUCUGACGAGGAUGAGGAGUUCAAGGAGCAGACGCGCGUGCUCAAGGCCAGUAUUCCGUUUGCAGUGAUUGGCUCUAACCAGCUGAUCGAGGUGAAGGGGAAGAAGAUCCGUGGGCGUCUGUACCCCUGGGGCGUGGUGGAGGUGGAGAACCCUGAACACAACGACUUCCUCAAGCUGCGCACCAUGCUAGUGACACAUAUGCAAGACCUUCAGGAGGUGACCCAGGAUCUCCACUAUGAGAACUUCCGCUCUGAGAGACUUAAGAGAGCUGGCAGGGCAGUGGAAGAGGAAGGAAUGGACAAAGAUCAGAUUCUGCUGGAGAAGGAAGCUGAGUUGAGGCGUAUGCAGCAGAUGAUUGCUCAAAUGCAGGCCCAGAUGAAGAACCAGCCUGGAGAUGACUGAGACCUGAAGAGGGGGCGGUGUGUGUGUGUGUGUGUAUGUGUGUGUGGUGUCGUCCAUCCCCAACACUCCCGCACACCGUCCCUCCGCACACAGAUACACACCGGCCGACACACCCUGUCCAGAGCCGCCCUAUUGGAUCCAUAAGUACCCAUCACAUAUGGACUCCGCCCACAUGGAUCUAC